AUGUAUACUUCUAACGCGAUUCUUGCUGCUUUCCUCGUCGCUUCGACAGCCGUUGCGCAAACGUUGCCACCGUCUCCAACCGCAUCUGUGGGGUGUCAUCCUCAUGGUGAUCAUUGGCAUUGUGAUGGGCCAGCUUCAAGCACCGCCUCUGUAACUAUAUCCAGCACUCACAAUAACAAAACCUCCAAAACCCUUGCGCCAAGUCCUACGGAGUCUAUCGGUUGCGAACCUCACGGAGAUCAUUGGCAUUGUGAUGCUCCCGCAUCGGCGACUGCCUCGGCUACAACCUCUGUGACUAGCGAGCAUCAUGACGAGGAAACUGGUAGCCUGGCACCUAGCCCAACAGAGUCGGUUGGUUGUGAGCCGCACGGGGACCACUGGCACUGCGAUGGGCCUGCUGUGGCCGAAACUACAUCUUCCACCCAACCUAUAGAAACAGCUGGCGUUGGAAAAGUAGAAGUUGGUAGCAUUGCGAUGCUAGGAGGUUUACUCGCUGUUGCAGGAAUGGGUUUCUGA